AUGGGUCGUGGUGCACGACAGGUGCCCCUGGGUCGUGGUGCACGACAGGUGCCCCUGGGUCGUGGUGCACGACAGGUGCCCAUGGGUCGUCGUGCACGACAGGUGCCCAUGGGUCGUGGUGCACGACAGGUGCCCAUCGGUCGUGGUGCACGACAGGUGCCCAUGGGUCGUGAUGCACGACAGGUGCCCAUGGGUCGUGAUGCACGACAGGUGCCCAUGGGUCGUGAUGCACGACAGGUGCCCAUGGGUCGUGGUGCACGACAGGUGCCCAUGGGUCGUGAUGCACGACAGGUGCCCAUGGGUCGUGGUGCACGACAGGUGCCCAUGGGUCGUCGUGCACGACAGGUGCCCAUGGGUCGUCGUGCACGACAGGUGCCCAUGGGUCGUGAUGCACGACAGGUGCCCAUGGGUCGUGGUGCACGACAGGUGCCCAUGGGUCGUGGUGCACGACAGGUGCCCAUGGGUCGUCGUGCACGACAGGUGCCCAUGGGUCGUGGUGCACGACAGGUGCCCAUGGGUCGUGAUGCACGACAGGUGCCCAUGGGUCGUCGUGCACGACAGGUGCCCAUGGGUCGUGGUGCACGACAGGUGCCCAUGGGUCGUGGUGCACGACAGGUGCCCCUGGGUCGUGAUGCACGACAGGUGCCCCUGGGUCGUGAUGCACGACAGGUGCCCAUGGGUCGUGAUGCACGACAGGUGCCCAUGGGUCGUGGUGCACGACAGGUGCCCAUGGGUCGUGAUGCACGACAGGUGCCCAUGGGUCGUGAUGAACGAUGGUCGUGCUCAUCACCAUUGGACGAGAGAUAA